AUGAAUGAACAGCACAGGGUAAAAAGAUCAUCAACAAAGGACUAUAGCUUAGUGUGUGUUGAUAAAAAUUGUAAAUGGUACUUCUUGGCAACAAAACAUGGAAAAACAAAUCUCUUCAAAGUCAGAAAACUUUUGGAGGAUCAUACAUGCUCAAUAGAACGCAUCCAUGACGAUCACCCCCAAGCAACAAGUAACAUAAUAGCUGACUGCAUCAAAAGAAAAAUUAGCAAUCCAAAAAGAAACUACAGGCCAAAUGAGAUUGUUGAUGAUGUAGCAGAAGACUAUAGUGUCUCAAUUUCUUACCAAAAAGCUUGGAGAGCAAAAGAGAAGGCUUCGGAAAAAGUAAUAGGCUGCCCACAUGAUUCAUACAAUGAAAUACCAGGGAUUCUAUACAUGAUCAAAAAAUGCAAUCCAGAUGCCGACAGACACAUAUUCCCACUAGCUUUUUCAGUAGUUGAUUCUGAAAAUGAUGCAUCAUGGCAAUACUUCAUGGAAAAGCUCAAAGAUUCAUAUGGGGAGUUUGAAUACCAAUGCAUAAUUUCUAAUAGACACGAAAGUAUAGCAAAAGCAAUGAAAUCAGUAUUCCCUAACUUGAUGCAUGGGGUAUGUUGCUUCCAUUUGUUCCAAAAUAUAAAAACAAGAUUCAGAAAAGGAGGAGAUGAUCUAAGAGAUGCAUUCUAUUGUGCAGCAAAAGCAUACAAUCAAACUGAUUUCGACGACUGCAUGAGGGACUUAGACAACAUUGAUAGUAGAAUUCGUCCUUACCUGACAAAUGAAGUUGGCCUAGAAAAAUGGACAAGGCGUUACAGCCCAAAUAAACGCUACUCAACAUUAACCUCCAACAUCGCCGAGUUUGUGAACUCAGCAUUGAAAGAAAUCAGAGAGCUACCGAUUGGAACACUGCUCGAAUGUCUACGUUGCUUGGUUCAAAAAUGGUCAUGGGAAAACAAAAAUAGAGCUUUGUCCACAUUCACAACAUUAGCAAAAGUACCAGAAAAGAUACUAAAGGAUAAACUGGAACGCAGUAAGAAACUAAAGGUAACCUCAAAACUUCACUUAUAUGCUACUUAUGCGCAUUCUGUUACUUCACACAAAGUAAAAAAAAAACAGUUAUACUAA